AUGGCUGCCUUAUUUAAUGAAUCUCAGGAACAGAUUCAUAGCUUGAUACAAAAGAGCUUGCCUCUUGACCCAAUGCAAUUAUGUGAUUCUGUUCCAUUACCAAAUAGUGCUAAACCAGGAUUUUCUCCUAUCUAUAGAAACAAGUUUAGUCCUGAUAAGUUGAUUGAAAGUCCUCAUCCAUCUUUGAAUACGUUAAAGAAAAUUAUGUAUUACGCUGAACACACUUAUGGUGACAGAGAAUGUAUUGGUUGGAGAAAUGAAUUGGAAGAUGGAUCGUUCAGUUCUUAUGAAUGGCAAACUUAUUCAGAAGUGAUUACGAGACAACGUAACUUUGGGGCUGGUUUAUUUUUCAUUUUAAUGAAUAAUCCAUUCAAGACAGAUUCUCCAGCUCACUUGAAAAUUGAUAAUCAUUUGACUCAAAGUAACGACGAUUCAUUCGUGGUAUCAAUCUUUUCGCAUAACAGACCGGAAUGGCUUAUCGCUGAUAUGGCUUGUGUCAAUUAUUCCAUCACCAAUACAGCCUUGUACGAUAGUUUGGGUCCUGAGGCUUCCAAGUACAUAUUGGAAUUAACUGAAAGUCCAGUUGUUGUUUGUACUAAGAGUAAAUUGGAACAAGUGAUUCAAUUGAAGAAAAGUUGCCCUAAGGAGUUGUCAAAUUUAAUCGCUGUUGUAUGUAUGGAUCCCUUGGACUUAGCUAACACCAAAUCUAAUGAUUACCAAAUUCUUUUAUUAGCAAAGGAAUGCAAUAUUAGUUUGUUUGAUUUCAAACAAGUUGAAAAGCUUGGAAAGAUUUAUCCGGUACAUGAUAUUCCAUCUACUCCAGACACUAUUUAUACCAUCUCAUUCACAUCGGGUACUACUGGUGCCAAUCCUAAGGGAGUUGUGUUAACCAAUCGUAAUGCUGUCAGUGGUACCACUUUCUGUGUUUCAAAUAUGUCGGAGAACAAACGGAUGACAAUGUAUUGUUUCUUACCAUUGGCACAUAUUUACCAGAGACAGAGUAUAUUUUUCUCUGUAUUCCAAGGGAUUUCAAUUGGAUUUCCACAAUCCUCAUCGCCUUUAAGUUUAUUAGAUGAUGUCAAAAUCUUAAAGCCAAAUGUAUUAUCGUUGGUUCCAAGAGUCUACACGAAAUUAGAAGCUGCAAUUAAAGCACAGACUACCCAUAACGAUGAAAAGCCAAUCUUGAAAGCUGUUUUUAGUAAAGCGAUCAAUAAAAAGAUUGAAUUACAAAGCCAAGAAGAUGGCGUCGAAGGUGGCCAUGUUAUUUAUGAUAGAGUAUUAUCUUUACUUCGUAAAAAAUUAGGUUUUGAUAACCUAGAAUUAUUCACAACUGGUUCGGCUCCAAUCUCAUCUGAAACCGUCAAGUUCGUGAAGGCCGCAUUUAAUACAGGUUUAAUUCAAGGUUACGGAUCCACAGAAUCAUACGCUGGUAUAGCUGGUUCAUUGAGAUAUGAAGCCAGUCCUGGUUCGUGUGGUUCGAUUGGUAUUACCACUGAAAUGAAGUUGAGGGAUAUUCCAGAAAUGAACUAUUUUUCUAGUGAUAAGGAAGGUCCAAGAGGUGAAUUAUUGAUUAGAGGUCCACAAAUCUUUAAAGAAUAUUUUAAGGAUGCAGAGGAAACCAAAAAGUCCAAGGACGAAGAAGGAUGGUUUUAUACCGGGGAUAUUGCUAGGAUCGAUGCUAGCAAUGGAAGAUUAUAUAUCAUUGAUAGAGUUAAGAACUUCUUCAAAUUGGCUCAAGGUGAAUACAUCACACCCGAAAAGAUUGAAAAUAAUUACCUUUCCUCAUUUCCAUUAGUUCAACAAUUGUAUGUACAUGGUGAUUCCUUGCAAACAUUCCUUCUUGCGGUUGUUGGUGUCGAACCUGAUUCUAUUAAAAAAUGGUUGGAAACUAAAUGCAAUAUCAAUCAAAGUGAAUUAUCUUCGAAUGAUGCAAUCAUUGAAUACAUUAAUAAGAAGGAAAAUAAGGCUAAAUUCUUGGGUGAAAUGAAUAAAUCAACCGGAGGCUCUUUACAAGGAUAUGAGAAAGUUCAUAAUGUCUACAUCGAUAUUGAACCUUUAACCAUUGAAACCAAUGUUCUUACCCCAACGUUGAAGAUCAGAAGACCAAUUGCCUCUAAAUUCUUUAGAAGCGAAUUUGAUAGAUUAUAUGACGAAGGAUCCUUGAUUCAUAAUAACUCUUCGAAGUUUUAG